AAAAUGGCGGCGGACGAUGGAUGUGUAUUGUGGUGAAGGGGACUGGUGAUUAAAUUACGUUUUUCGCCGACUAACUUUUUCUUUGGAAUCUCGUAUAACAAGCAUUUAUUUUCUAAUACCUAUUUUGUUGAACUGGAAAUACACCGUAGACGAUUUCACAAAUGAAAAAUUUGCUUUUUUCUCAGUCAUGUCGACGUAAUUUGUUGAAUCUGAUUCUUUUUUGACCUCUUCUUUGAGGAUUAUGUCAUCAGAUUGAGCCAGUGUUUUGGUUACAUAACGCAUUUCCCGAACUGUGAUAAUGGCCAACGAGUGCAAUAUUAAGGUGGUAUGCAGGGUCAGGCCGUUGAAUCCCACAGAAGAGAAAGCCGGCAGCAAGUUUGUCCUAAAAUUUCCAACAGACGAUUCAGUCUCGAUUGGAGGUAAAGUGUUUGCAUUUGACAAAAUAUUAAAACCAAAUGUUUCACAAGAAUAUGUCUACAAUGUGGCCGCAAAACCAAUUGUUGCAGAUGUACUUGGUGGCUACAAUGGAACAAUAUUUGCAUAUGGUCAAACUGCUAGUGGGAAGACGCACACCAUGGAGGGUGUUAUGGGUGACAGCAACUUGUCCGGUAUUAUCCCAAGAAUCAUUGCUGAUAUAUUCAACUAUAUCUAUGGUAUGGAUGAAAAUCUGGAGUUCCAUAUUAAGGUGUCCUACUUUGAGAUCUACAUGGACAAAAUACGAGAUCUCCUAGACAUCACAAAAACAAACCUGGCUGUCCAUGAAGAUAAAAAUAAGACUCCCUAUGUGAAGGGCUGCACAGAAAGGUUUGUGUCCAGCCCAGAGGAAGUGAUGGACACAAUAGAAGACGGAAAAGCUAACCGACAUGUUGCUGUGACAAAUAUGAAUGAACACAGCUCUAGAAGCCACAGUGUAUUCCUUAUCCAUGUAAAACAGGAAAAUGUAGAAACAGAGAAAAAACUUCAUGGAAAACUUUAUCUAGUCGACUUGGCGGGUAGUGAAAAAGUUAGCAAAACGGGUGCAGAAGGAGCAGUACUAGAUGAGGCGAAGAACAUCAACAAAUCUCUGUCUGCUCUAGGAAAUGUUAUAUCAGCUUUGGCAGAUGGAAAUAAAUCUCAUGUACCAUAUCGAGACAGUAAGCUGACACGAAUCCUGCAGGAGAGUCUGGGAGGAAACGCCCGCACCACCAUGGUCAUCUGUUGUUCGCCAGCCUCCUACAAUGAAUCGGAAACAAAGUCAACUCUACUCUUCGGACAGAGAGCAAAGACCAUCAAGAAUGUUGUUACUGUGAAUGAAGAACUGACGGCGGACGAAUGGAAGAGACGCUAUGAGAGAGAGAAGGAAAGGAACGCUAAACUGAAGACGAUCAUUGAGAAACUUCAAGCUGAACUGUGCAUGUGGAGAAGUGGCAAGGAAGUUCCUGUUGAUGAGCAAUUUGAGUUGAAGGCAGCUGCCGCUGCCGUCAGUGUUGAAGCCGAAACCCCCGGGACUGGACCAGCUAACAUCGCCAACAUGCUGGGCAGUCUGAGCGGCAGUUUGACAGGAAGCACCAUCACCGAGAACGAGCGCACUCAGUGGGAGUCGGAGAAAAUGAAGAUCUACCAGCAACUCGACGACAAGGACGAGGAGAUCAACAGCCAGGCUCAGCUGAUCGAGAAGCUGAAGGAACAGAUGUUGGAGCAGGAGGAGCUCAUCGUUCAGAGUCGACGGGAGUACGACAAUCUGACUGCAGAGAUGGCUCGUAUCCAGGGCGACAAUGAGUCUGCCAAGGAUGAGGUGAAGGAGGUUCUGCAGGCCCUGGAGGAGCUUGCCAUGAACUACGACCAGAAGUCGCAGGAGGUAGAGAACAAGAACAAGGACAUCGACAUGCUCACCGACGAACUGAGUCAGAAACUGAGUUCGUUGAAUUCUGUGCAGGCUGAUCUGGAUGCACUUCGUGAUUCAUCAGCACACCAGAAGAAACGUGUCAUGGAGAUGAUGAUCAGUCUGUUGAAAGAUCUCGGUGAUAUCGGAACUGUCAUCGGAGGCAACACCGCUGAGUCCAAGCCGAGUCUGGGCGGCAGUGAGAAGAUAGAGGAGGACUUCACGCUGGCUCGUCUGUACAUCAGCAAGAUGAAGUCGGAGGUGAAGACACUCGUCACUCGCCUACAUUCUAUUGAGACCAACCAGGAGGACACAUCCAAGAAGUUGGGACAGGCCGAGAAGGAACUGUCCGACUGCAAGCUUACCAUACAGCAGCACGAAGCUAAGAUUUCGACCCUGACGGAGACGAUACAUGACAUAGACUCGAAGAAGAGGAAGCUGGAGGAAAGUGUUGACUACCUCAAUGAAGAGGUGGCCAAACUCAGAGUACAAGAACAAAUGCACGCGACGGUUCUGUCACAGCAGAAGGAGGAGUCGGACAAGCUGCAGUCGGAGGUGGAGAUGAAGCAGACGCUCGAGUCACAAAUGGAGAUGCACCGCGAGCAGCACCAGAAGCAGCUGAGUGCCCUCCGCGAAGAGAUUGCGUCCAAACAGGGCGUCAUCGACAACCUCAAAGAAACGAACCAGAAACUGUCUCUGGCGCUGGAGAAGCUGCAGGCAGACUACGACAAGCUGAAGUCGGAGGAGACCGAGAAGACCUCGAAACUGGCCGAGUUGUCGCUCCAGAUCGACCGCAGACAGCAGGCCGCACAGGACCUCAAAGGACUCGAAGAAACUGUGGCUAAAGAGCUGCAGACACUACACAACCUGCGGAAACUGUUUGUCCAGGACUUGCAGAACAGAGUCAAGAAGUCUGUGAAGGAGAAGGAUGAUGACAAUGAUGAGGACUCAGUCGGGAGUGCGGCUCAGAAACAGAAAAUCUCCUUCCUCGAAAACAACCUCGAACAACUCACGAAAGUACACAAACAGCUUGUUCGUGACAAUGCUGAUCUGCGUUGUGAGCUGCCCAAGUUGGAGAAGCGUCUCCGUGCCACCAUGGAGCGGGUGAAAUCGCUCGAGACUGCGUUGAAAGAGGCCAAGGAGGGAGCCAUGAGAGAUAGGAAGAGAUAUCAGAUCGAGGUGGACAGAAUAAAGGAAGCCGUCAGACAGAGGAAUUUGGCACGCAGAGGACAUGCUGCCCAGAUAGCUAAAACAAUCCGACCAGGCCAGCACCCCGGCUCCCCUGCCGCUUCGUCUGGCAUCCGGGGGGGAGGUGGCGGCAUGUCACAGAACGGGCCGAUCAAACCAGAAUCCAUAGCGAUCAAGUCCGACGGUCAUUAGUUCAGCAUACUGUGGUGAUUCCUGGUGACAGUUUAUUUCUCAUCUCACAGUUCCGUCUCAUUGUGUAAUGACACGAGGCCUAGCAAACCAUUUUGUGACGUGUCGACGUGCUUUUCUCUGUCACUGUUCUUGGCAUCGUGCAAUAUGUUUUUCUCUAACAUUUUGUGUGCUAUAUUUACCUUACCAAAUAUACAUUCAGCAGUGCUAUGUUACAUGGACUUGCCAAGUGGUUACUAGACUUGUUCGAAGAGCGGUGGCGGUUGACAGCUUUCUGUUCGUUUAUAGAGCUUAUCACCGGUACAGAGAAAUGAUGCUGAAUAGGAAGACCGCUGUCAAGAUUUGUUUUGUGGAUUCCAUGUUGGAGAAAUGAUUCUCUUGAUAUAUUUUUUUUCUCUUAAUUUAAUACAAAAUAUUGCUGGAUUUGUUGAGUAUUUGAAUUUGUGUUUUAAAUGCAGUUUUUUCAAUACAGUAACAAUCAGUUUUUUAGAAAGAUAUUUCAGGUAAAAUAUUAAAUUUUUCCAGGAGUGUACUAAUUGGUAAACUUAAUUAUUUACCAUGGAACAUUUUGAUUAUUUAUUCGUAAUUUUUAUUAAUAUAAUGACCACAUGUCUGGUGUGAUAGAUAUUGAGAAAAUGGUUUCUAAAAUGUACUUAAAAUGUUCCAUAAAGGUGUUUUGAAUUAUUUAUAUAUCUUUUUAUUUUACUUGAUGUUUUUAAAAUGUUUUUUUUUAAUUAUUAUUUUGUAAAAGCUAAACUUAAAUAGUCUGUACUGUGUUUAGAAAAUUUGAUAACAUGAGUAUUACAUAUCGCUUCUUCAAAAAACAUGGUUCAGAAGACAAUUCAGUAACAUUGCAGGCUUCAAGAAUGUGUUCAUUUACUAACAUUCUUCUCGGAUUUACGAAAUGUCUGGUUUUAACUUUGUCAUGUACCUUGUGUUACAUUGUUACAGUGUCCAUUGCAAGCGCGAAAUCGGUACUGUUGGGAUGGGAUAGAAAUUUUUUCCUUAGGACACAUACAGAUCAUUAA